UGGAAUCACUCAGUUUUCGCCGUGUCAAAAGUGAAGUCCGCAAAAAAUUAUUCAAAGACGGACAUUCGCCUGCCUCCACGUUGUUCGCUUAUAAAGAUAAACUGUACCUUAAUGCUACGAACGAUCAAGAAUUGUUGGAAAUACUUUCUGAUCGAGCAUUCAAUCCGGACUAUGAUACUGUUCUCCAUUUUUCCCGAAAAUAUCGCAAGACUGCACUUGGCGGUCGUAAUGGAAAUCGAUGUUUGAGUGCUUAA